AUUUAUGUUUUAUUGUUUUAAAUAAUAUAAAAUGAGAAAAGCAGGAGCCGAUCCUAAAGUUAAGAAAACUUUAUUGCGCAAUUAUGAACAAAAAGUUCGAAUACAAUCAAAUACUGUAGAAUGCGAUGCGGGUCCUUCUAAAUCAGAUAAACAGCAAACAAAAUACGAUUAUCACAAAGACUCCAAUCUUGACCGACCUUCGCUUUGCACGAGCGAAGCAAUAGCUAACUAUAUAACAGAUGUUCGCAAAUGUGAACCACUUCUUUCUCCUGAAGAUUUAAAUAUUAAUCAAGCUGAUAUUAAUGCUAAGAUUACAAAGAAGCUUAAUUUUCAUUUUAACGAUAAAAUAUAUAAGAACUUAGUCGAGUUAAACGGUCACAUUGCUGAUACAAAAAGUAAACAUAACAAGAAGGCAAUUAAAAAUGUUACUUCUAUGAAAAAGGACCUCGAGCCCAGUAUAGAAGACUUUUGUCAUGACGAAAAAGAAAAUGAUAUCUGUCCAGACUUUCCUGUUUUAAAGUACAAUUAUAAACCAAUACAAAAAUUACAAGACGGAAAUUUACAUAUAAUUAUUGCUUCAUUUGAAAACCUAUGACAACCUUUUAGUAUGUUUUUUUCUUAAGUUUAAAUAAAAUUUUAUAUAUUUCAUAAACAA